CAAAUCUGAUACUCUAUCUUGCGAUUACUGUUCGUGAGAUAUCAAUACCAGCCUGCCUUACCCUCAAUCCCCUUGAUUACGAGUAAAGCCCCCUCAUCCACCAUGUCUGCCGACGCUGGACCAGCACCAUUAUCCAAGGUCGACUCUGCCGUCCAAGGUCUGUCAUCAAGCCCUGCUGAGGACAAGGGUGCCAAGCGACGUGCGAGUUCGAGUGUUCCAGGUGUCUUCAACAUCCUCGACUUAGAAAAGGAAGGAAAGGAGCUGCAGAUUGCAAAGGAGACGCAAAAGCUGAACUGGCACAUCAACAAGUCCCCGGCAUCCCUGGAGGAGCCUGAAAAGAGUGCGCUCAAGAAGAUGCUCACCACCCCACCCGUCAAGAAGAUUGACCUCCACUUCCCGCUCGGACUCGAGGUUACCGCGCGAAACCUGAAAGGUGUGACAAUCAAGGAUGCAUUAGAUGCAAUCUACAAGCAGUUCCGAAAGAAGGCCGAUGAUGAGCUCGAGGCCCCCGUCCUCGCAGGCUUCGAGUGGGACAAGGAGGAGUCCUGGACUCGGUUGAUCGUCCACUGCAAGAAGGAAGGCGCACCACAGCCGAAGAAGAAGGCCAAGAAGGGUCAAGAGGGCCAGGAAGGCGAGGAUCUUUAGAUCUUCCCACCCGGAUACACUUGCUCCACAAUGUCUCCCUCGUUUGACAGACUAGAGCGCGGAUGCGGUUAAGAGGAUUUACUAUGCUAGUGGGCUAGCUCGGAACUCGGUGCUCGGCGGAUAAUACAUUGAACAUGGCAAGCUUGCCUUGGGAAUAUCAUAUGGGGAGUGUUCUGGUAUCGCUGUUCAUGACUAGUUGACUUCGACUAGCUGAGAUAGCUUUGCUUUGAAUUGACAGCUCUCCUCCCAUGUUGUAUACUGGUGCGACCUCAAUGGUGAUAUGUGUCGCACAUUCUGGCCAGGUCCUCAUCCU